AUGGUGCCCAGCCAGGCGCCUUCCAUUUCGACAACUACAAAGCCCAAAUACCCUCCAGCACCAACCUUGACGCGCAGUACAACUCUCCCUACUCACGCCCCUCAAGCCGCCCCUAAUCGAACACUUCUCGCGCCGGAAGAUGCUAUAUACCAAGGAUCACCUCCGCGAAAACAGUCGCCGGCGGUGAAAAAGCUGCACCAUGAUUUGCGCAUGACCAAUGGGUCGAAUGGGUUGGAGGGGAAUGCGCCGGUUUUGCAGAGAGGGAGGGGGAAGUCAAGGAAUCGAAGUGGGAGCAGGAAACGGAAGGUUAAAUGGAGCAAGCUUUUGUGGUUGAAACAAUCGUAUCCGGAUAAUUAUACGGACCAAGCGACCUUUCUAGAGAAACUCCAGCGAAACCCCCGCCUCCAACCGUACGAUUUCUGGCCCCUCGUGGCAGACUCAACGGUCAUUGUACAACAUGUAUGCUCCGUGGUGAUCUUUACGGUCUGCUUCAUCGGAAUCGUACAAGAUCGCAUAUCACCAGUUGCAGUAGUCGGAUGUGGAAGCAUUGCGACGGUCAUUGGAUGGUUAUUGUGGGAUUGGUGGAUUGGACAAGACGACCUCCCAAAACCCCUACCUCAUCGCAUUCUGCCAGCUGCCCCAUAUGAUUCCAAAGUCUCAGCUGCAAGCUCGACUUCGAAUCUAGGUCAACACGGUCCAAAACCCUCGUCUUUGGUGGCUAGACACUCGCAUUCUGCAUCCGCUUCUUCUAUAUACUCUGCGACAUCACAAAUGACAUCUCAGAGUCCUCGACUGAUACCAAGCUUUCCACCUGGAACCUCGGCCGCUCUAAGUCAACGCACUUCAUUGCGAUUAUCAACCAUCAAAUCAGCAGUGCUGAUCUACUUUGUGUUACUCGGCCUCUCCCCCAUCUUAAAAUCCCUCACAAAAUCCACGACUGACGAUUCAAUCUGGGCAAUGUCAUUCGUCCUCUUCGCAAUCAACAUCUUCUUCUUCGAUUACAAAACCCCUGAAAUCUCAGCCGGAAUAAAAAACAUCCCGGCAUCGCUUAGCACAAACGCAGCAUUAAUGGCCAGCACCGUCCUCGCAAGCCGUCUCCCAAGCACCGGCCAAGUCUUCAGCCUGACGCUCUUCAGCAUCGAGGUCUUUGGCCUCUUCCCCGUGUUCCGACGAUACGCUAAACAGCGCACCUGGCGCGGCCAUCUCACACUUACAUGUCUCCUUAUCGUCGGCGCAAGUGGUGGUGUGGGUUUAUGUCUCGGUCAUGGCGGGGAUGGCGAGGGAAUUUUGGAUUUCCCCUGGAAAGCUGGCUUGACGGGUGUGGUUAUCGGUUCGAUCUCUACAUGUCUGGCUAUGGGCGGGUGUAGUUGGUGGUUAAUCGGACUACAGAAAUAUAAGAAUGAGAUUCAUGGGCCGUGGGAUGCGGCGCGACCGAUUAUUAGGAGACAGUGGGAUGAUUAUUAG